AUGGAGAAAUUUGACAUUUCCCUUGACGUGAUGAAGAUGCACUACACGUUGAAGUUCAAUCCCAGAGUCAUCCAAGAUUUAGAAGAUGAGGAUGAUUUGGAUAACGUGGUUUCCCAUAGUGAUGACUUUGCAAAUGUAUACCUAGUAGACUUACCCUCUGUGGAAGCCAUUGAAGCAAAUAUCCCGAAUUCACAGUUGGCAUUUCGAGAUCCACCUAUCACGUUCCCGUCCUCUAAUGCAUCAUGCGAUCCAAUUCGUAACACUAUGAUGCUAUCAAGAGGUUUUGCGUCGCGUGCUGCAGAUACUGAGUACAUCCCUUUGGAAUCGAUUCGUUUUCGUGAGGCAAUAUUAGGGUCGGGACAUACAUUUAAAAAUGCCGAGGAGUUUCGCAAUGCAAUUUACCAAAUGUCAUUAGGUGGAAGGCUAAGAGAAAUAAACCCGGGCACAAUUGCGGAGUACACUUCCCAAGAAGGUCACUUCAUGCAAUUGUUCAUUGCCCAUGCAUUUUCAAUUCAAGGGUUCAUCAUGGGGUGUCGACCUGUAUUGGCUAUUGAUUCGUGCCACCUAAGCGGUCCAUAUAAGGGAGCUCUUUUGUCUGCCAUUGCAUAUGAUGCAGAUGAUGGAAUGUUCCCUCUGGCCCUUGGUGUGGUAAGUUCAGAAAAUUAUGAGGACAAGUAUUGGUUUUUGGAUAAAUUAAAGGGGGUAUUAGAUGGUAAAGAAGUUGUUAUUAUAUCAGAUAGACAUCAGGGAAUCUUGCGUAGUGUUUCCGAGUUGUUUGGGACAGGAAAUCAUGCGUAUUGUUAUCGACAUGUGAAGGAAAACUUUUCUAGCUUCUUCAAUAAGCAAACCAUUCGAGGAAAGAAAGGAAAAGAAGAUGCUUUGCUACUUUUGGACAGCAUUGCGUAUGCUAGGUUGGAAAUAGACUACAAUGAGGCAUUUGAAAAACUUGUGCGCUUCAAUGAGAACCUAGCAAAAUGGGUUGCGGAAAACAAUCCCGAACAUUGGGCAAUGUCAAAGUUUCUUAAAAAGCGCUGGGACAAAAUGACAACUAACAUUGCAGAGGCGUUCAAUGCGUGGUUAAGAGAAGAGCGUCACCAAACAAUUUAUACUUUAUUGUUAAUGCACAUGGAUAAACUUGUAGCCAUGUUGGACAGCCAUAUGCGUGAUACACAAAAGUGGAAGAGCGUGGUUGGACCGAAAACUGAAGAGAAGUUAAUGUCAAAUAUCAUGAGGUCUGGUCCGAUUAGUGUGCUACCCUAUUUGGGAGGGACGUUUAAGGUGUUUACUGGAGAGUCCACCAGAUUAUGCACACGUUGUUCAUCUUCUCGGUUUCUAAAACUAUGCAACAGGCUCCCUCCUGAGAAAUUGGACGUGGUUCGAGACCUUCAAUUUGGAGGUCUUCUUCACUUAAAUUGCAAGGAGAUCCGGCAUAAUCUCUGUACAUGGCUGAUUGCCCAUUUUAAUGUUGGGUACAAACGCAUUGAGAUUACAUCCCACAUAAGGUAUGAUCUGACAGCUGCUGAUGUCGGCCUUGUCUUUGGCCUCCCGACGACUGGCCGGAUUCUAGAUAUUGCUACUACCCCGUCUGAUCAUCCAUUCGGUACCCUCAACACAUGUGAGGAGAGACUCCUCAACUUACCAAUUGGGGAGGAGUUCCGUAGAUGCUUCAUUUACUACGCUUGUGCGACGCUAUUAGCCCCCACCUCAAGGAUUGAUGGAUGCCGAAACUUGUGGCAUACCAUCCAUGAAGAUGGUUUCAGAAAUGAUGUUAAUUGGGGCCAAUUUGUUGUUGACCAGCUUGUGGAGGGUAUAAGACGAUUUAAGCAAGGGAACAGCGUCUGGGUUCAUGGUUGCAUUAUUUUCCUCCAGCUCCAUUACGUAAUGAAAUUCAAAAUUCCUUCCGUUCAUGUUCCGAUGACAGCGCCCCUACUCUCAGCAUGGUCAGAUGAGUUGAUAAAGGAGCGCUUAUCUGCUGAGAUAAGUGAGUUUGGGAGUUUUGGACAUGGCGAGGCGUUUGCUGAAUCGUCACCGCCCCGUACACAUGUCGAGGAUGACAGUGGACCGACAAGUAGUAAUGAAAUCUUGGAUAAGUACUACGCAGCUGAACGCCAAAUAAAUUCUUAUCAAAAGGGCAUUCAGCACCAGCUUGGCAUCAUGCGUGGUCUGAUCCAAAGAUUGGAUGGUCGAAGAAAAAGAAGUGUACAUUCACCUACUGCUGCUCACUCGGGCUAUGCAGCGGAUGAGUUUCCUGAUUCCGAGCCUGAUUCAUCCGCUGCCCGAUAUGACAUGCCAACCCAUUCCACCGAACAAGUACCGGACACUCCUAUUCGCCAUCCACCUAUUAUUGCUGAUGACGAAGUUGUCGUCCUUGACCCCUUACCUUUGCGUUCUAUGACUGUGGCCCCAUCCCAUAGCAUUGGGAGGCAACGGAGAGUCCGUCGGAUGGCUCCCAAUGUAUUGUCACCAUUCAUAGCGCAGGCACAAACGCGACAUUCUGCCAUAAAGAUGGACCUAAAAGCGGCAGCUGCAACUGUAUUUGAUGGGGAGUUGGACCCCAGGCAUGUUAUAUCAUAUACUACUCCAAUUUCAAGUGUUUCCACAUGCAACAAAUGGUAUUACCCUAACAUAUAUGGUUUUGUUGGCAGCGAAGAGCUUGUUUCCAUGCACGACACAAGUUUAACCAGAGGCAACCUCGCGUCUUUCCAGGGAGACUCUUGGAUUGGCAAUGAUGUCGUGGAUGCAUUUUGCCGAAUGUUGCAAUUCGAUGAUGAAUCAAGGACAAAACUAUUUCUCUCCCCAUACAUAGCUGACAUGGUGAUUCGUUCCAAUGCAAAAUAUUUGACGCACGAUGCAAUUGUUGCGCGUUUUGAUCCAUAUAUGUAUGCCUUUGAUGGUUCGUAUCAGCAUGUUACUCAGGUCUACUUACCGGUCCUUUUUAAAAACCAUUGGACACUUUAUGUCUAUGACUUGCAUAAUAAGCGAAUCCAGCUCCUGGAUUCUCGGCCUGGUCGAAAAAGGAGUUGUAUGACUGGAAUACAACAAAAAUUGGCCAAGGUUGUUCUAAUGCUUGUUGCCGACAAGAAACAAAUGGUUGCUGUAGACUUGAACAUGUACAGUUUUGUCAUGCCAGACGUACCAUGCCAACCAAAUGACAAUGACUGCGGCGUUUUUAUUAUGAAAUUCAUGGACAACUGGUCCAAUGGGGGACUCUCCAAAUCGAUCGAUGUGGCCAAGAUGAAGAAGUAUAGAUUGAAGCUACUGGGCAGAUUAUUGCUUUCAUCACAUAAUGCGCAUCGGCAUCGAUUCAUGGCAGUUUGA